AUGAGACGGUUUCUUUAUUGCAGGCCCCUGGCUGUUACUGCCCCGGCCAUGCUUCUAGAAGCCCUCUAUUUCGUGUUAAUAGCCGCGAGUGUCCGCGCGGAAGACGACACGACGGCAGGUCCCGUCUUCCUCAAGGAACCACCUAACCGAGUCGAUUUCUCGAACACCACCGGCGCCGUCGUGGAAUGUAGUGCUCGCGGUAACCCACCCCCGGAUAUAAUUUGGGUCCGUGCCGAUGGUAGCGCUGUAGGCGACGUUCCCGGUCUUCGACAGGUUCUGGCUAAUGGCAAUUUGGUGUUCCCACCUUUCAGAGCGGAGGACUACAGACAGGAGGUUCAUGCCCAGGUCUACGCUUGUUUGGCGAAGAACACCGAAGGAUCUAUUCAUUCUAGAGAUGUCAACGUAAGAGCAGUUGUCGCCCAAUUUUAUGACACUGACGUAAACAAGGAAUAUGCCAUCAGGGGAAACGCCGCCAUUUUGAAAUGUCAAAUUCCGUCAUUUGUCGCCGAUUUCGUCAGCGUCGUUUCCUGGCAUACUGAUCAAAACGAGAAUUUUUAUCCACAGGCUCCCGAUGGUACUAAAUUUAAUAGAAUCGUUUCGUUGUACAUGUACGGAAAGUAUUUGGUAUGA